UGGCGCGCUGCAUUUGAGAAUGUUUUGUGUUCACAAUGUCCAAAAGACAGCUUGCAGACAAAGGUUCAGCAGAAAAUAAUGUACUUGCUAAACGAAUUUGUGUCGAGAAUAAUAAACCAACCGCAGGCGGUGCCGGGUACAUGGAAAUGAGCGAGAGUAUUUUUUGGCCUGACAAUGAUGCCAGUUUCUUUUCAAAUGCCAAGUUGGAAGAAUUGUUUAGCGGACAAAACAAUGUGGUAUCUGCACCUUUCACUAGUCAAACCAGUAAUAAGUUCCAUCAGAGCCAGUCUGAUGACAGUCUCUUUGGUGAUAUUUCAUUGCCCAGCACCGGAGAAACGGCGCCGGCAGCGCCAAAGACUGAACUUUCCCAGAACAGUGCAAAAGAGCAGAAUUUUAAAGAGAUCAAUCUCAAUGACUUGACUGUAGCUGAAAUGGAGGAUAUUUUUAAUGGCGGUGAUGAUUAUAGCGAUCCCGUUGUACAAAAUACACAACUUUUUAUGGAUGCAGUGGCUUUUAAAGUGCCCAAAUCCCCAGAGAGACCACCAAUGCCUGCUACUCAACCCAAAGAGGACUCCAUGUCAAUGUCCUUUAUAUCCAAGUCCAUUUUGGAUGGUAUUGUGCAGGGCACACAGUAUGCAACAUAUGAAGCUCUACAGAAUCGAUCCGUGAUACAGGCGCAUCAAGACCUUGCGACUCUGGAUCAAUUGGACUGGCAGACGCAGGCUUUUGCCGAAUUCGAAACCUCCAAGGAAGCGCACAACAACGGCUUUCCUAGUAAGGGCGAUUUUUAUGGACUACCAGAUAAGGUGAAAAAAUUAAUAUUUGAGCACAAGGGCAUCAAAAGUUUAUAUGAAUGGCAGGAUGAGUGUUUGAAUCUGCCUGCCAUACAUAAGCGUAAGAACCUUAUUUAUGCUUUGCCGACUAGCGGUGGCAAGACCUUGGUUGCCGAAAUUCUAAUGUUGCGAGAGUUGCUUUGCCGAGAACGCAAUGUUCUCUUCAUAUUGCCAUAUGUGUCCAUAGUACAGGAGAAGGUGAGCGCCAUGUCGCCUUUUGCCAUUGCACUCGAUUUCAUUGUGGAUGAGUAUACGGCGGGCAAGGGCAAAUGCCCGCCUCAGCCACAACGCAAGCGACGCAGCCUCUUUGUUGCAUCUAUUGAGAAAGGCGCCGUGCUCAUGGAUAGUCUGAUUGAUGCACAGAGGCCACAUGAAAUUGGCCUAGUCGUUAUUGAUGAACUGCAUUUGAUUGGCGAACGAGGACGUGGAGCCACGUUGGAGGCUUUCUUAACCAAGGUCAUGUUUUUGAAAGCCAAUAUUCAAAUUGUGGGCAUGAGCGCUACCAUUGGCAAUCUGAAUGAAAUCUCAUCUUUUCUUAAUGCGGAUGUGUAUACGCGAGGCUUUCGUCCGGUGGAGCUUAAAGAGUAUAUUAAAUGUGGACAUGAUUUGCUUGAAAUCAAUUCUGCUGGACAAACACUUGAGGAAAUUUUUGUGCCUAAGCGUAGUGUUAGCUAUAAUUACAGCGCAGCUGUGGAGCGUGCCGAUCCGGAUCAUCUGGCGGGUUUGAUAACCGAAUGUGCACCGGAGCAUUGCUGCCUGGUCUUUUGUCCCACACGUAAGAACUGCGAGAAUGUUGCGCUGCUACUAAGUCGUAUUGUACCUAAACAAAAGUUCUUUGAGCAUCGGCAGAGCGAAAAAGCUGAUCUCAUGAACGCUCUCGAUAAGAUGUGUGGCGUUCUCAGUCCCGUAUUGGCCAAAACAUUGCCUUAUGGCAUUGCCUAUCAUCAUUCUGGCCUUACUACGGACGAGCGCAAAUAUAUAGAAACUGCCUAUCGUUUCGGGGUUAUCACAGUCAUUUGCUGCACUUCCACGCUGGCUGCAGGCGUCAAUCUGCCCGCCAAGCGUGUUAUUAUACGUGCGCCCUAUGUGGGUCAAGAAUUUUUGACGUUGUGCAAGUAUAAGCAAAUGGUAGGACGGGCUGGUCGUGCUGGUCUUGGCGAGGCCGGCGAAAGUAUUCUCAUCACUCAGAGCAAGGAUAAUGCACUGGUGGGACAAAUGCUCUUCUCGCCCAUGGACAAAGCGCUAAGCUCCCUGGAUCAGUUCGAAGCUGUUGGCUUGCAGUCUUUAAUACUAAGCGUUAUUGGGUUGAAUCUUGCUGAUUGUAGACGUGACCUCAAUCGCCUAGUGAACAGUACUUUGCUAGCCGUACAGGCCGCUGCCUUGGAAAUAGCUGUGGAUGAGUUGGUGCUGCGCAUUCUGCGAGAUAUGUUUAAAAACAAGGUGCUGCAACUAAGAGAGAAGACGCCCAAGAGCAAGCCCAACAGCUCGGAUAUUAUGACUACACAAGAUAUUAAUCUGAGCGGUCGUUCGGCACCCGAUCGCCGUCUGCUUAUUAGCCAAUCUACGCGCUUUCAGCUUACCAGCAUUGGACGCGCCGCCUUCAAGGCGGGUAUAGACUACAAACGCACCUUUGUUAUACACAAAGAACUGCAGCUGGCGCAACAGCAGCUCAUCCUAACCAGCUAUGUGCAUCUGUUGUAUUUGGUUGUUUGCUUUAAUUCAAAUGAGCGUGGGGAUGAGCUGAUACCUGCUGAUGCGACCAUACUCUUUCGCGAGUACACCUCACUCUCGGCCCAGACCCAGGCGCUGUUCAAGCAGCUGGGUUUUACGGAAGCGCAUGCCGCCAAGUUAGCCAAGACGCAGUCGGUGCAGGGUCCAUUAGCUCUCCAAUUGAAUCGACUAUACAAAGUGCUCAUUCUAUCUGAUGUGCUCGGCCUACACCCUUUACCCAGCAUCGCCAGCAAGUACAAUGUAGAGCGUGGCACGCUGCAACAACUGAUCAGCCAGAGCUCUGCAGCUGCCAGUGCCAUCGUUCGCUUGUGCGAGCAAAUUGAUGAGUUCUGGUGCUAUAAGCCUCUGUUCGAGCGCAUCAAUCAUAAAAUGGAUCGCUGUGGCACGCUGGAACUGGAGCCGUUGCUUGAGCUGCCUGCUGUUAAGAUUAAUCGCGCCAAGCAGCUUUAUGCCGCAGGCUUGAGAACUAUAGAGGAUGUAGCCAAGAUUCGACCAUUCGAAUUAGUAAAAGCUGUGGAAUUUAUGCCUAUAAAGGUGGCCAACGAAAUUAUAUCAGCUGCCAAGAUAAUUCUAAUGAAGAAGCUGGAUCAUUUGGAGGAGGCAACGGAAGCUCUAAAGAGCUGCCUCUGCACCAGCGAAACGUAAACAAGUUCAAUGUAAAU